GUGUGGUUGUAUAGCUUGCCGGGAUACCAAGGAGACGUUUAUAGGUUCGAUGGCGACUCGCACUCGUGUAGUACGGUCGGCGAAGACGUCUCUGAUGAUUGUGUGCUGCAUUCUGAGCUCUUUCAUCUCGCAGCAGAUGGCCAGGAUAUACCCCUUACUCCCAACUUUGGCGUUCGAUCGAUCUUGUGUGAAGCUUGGGAGCCAUAA